AUGAGAUUCGCAAUUUUUGCAAAAAAAAACCACAUGUUUGUUGAGAUAUUUAAGAAAACAUAUACUAAUACUUUAAAGGCUUAUUUAAAUAGUCAAAAGGAUUCCAAAUCAAAGAAAUUACAGUCUAUUACUCAUGAAAAGUCAAUAGAUGCAUUUUUAUCUGCAAUUAGUUUGUCUGAAGCAAAUGUUGUAACUGAAAAAAAUAAUAUAAAAGUUAUUGGAGAAAAUCAAAGAAAUAUUUUACUUUUGCCAUAUGAAAAAGAAAAAGAGCUUCUUAAAAUUCAUGAACAGUUAAGAUCUGAUUUAAUUAUCCCAAGACGACCAUAUUGGGAUUCUAAUACUACUCCAGAAGAGCUUGAAAGGAAUGAAAAACAAGCGUUUUUUGAUUGGCGCAGAAAAUUAGCAUCUCUUCAGGAAGAUCAUGAUUUGCUUUUAACUCCAUUUGAACGAAAUAUAGAAGUUUGGAGACAAUUGUGGAGAGUGAUCGAAAAAUGCCAUUUAAUUGUUCAAAUUGUUGAUGCCAGAAAUCCUUUAUUAUUUAGAUCUAAAGAUCUUGAGCGUUAUGUUGAGGAAAUGGAUAAAAAAAAUUUUUUAUUAAUUAAUAAAGCGGAUUUAAUGACGUUAAAACAAAGAAAAUACUGGGCAGAUUAUUUUAAAAUGAAAGGAAUAAGUUACACAUUCUUUUCUGCAAUAUUGGGAAAAAAUAUAGAUAAAUAUCCUGUCGACAUAAAAUUUAAUAUUUGUGAAAAUAUAAAAAAUGAAAAUGUAUUUAAUGGAAAUAAAGGUUUUUUAAAUAAUAAUAAUAUUUUGGAUAAAAAUACAAAAAUAGAAAAUGAUUUUUUCGAGAAUGAAGAAACAAGAAUAGUAACUGUAAAUGAAUUAAAGCAAAUAUUUUUAAAAAAAAUACAAACAUUAAAGACUAAUAAUAACAAUGUUAAUAUUGAGAAUUUAGAAAAAUUUUACGUAGGGCUAGUGGGAUAUCCAAAUGUAGGAAAAUCAUCAACAAUUAACUCUUUAAUUGGUGAAAAAAAAGUAUCUGUAUCAGCUACUCCAGGAAAAACAAAACAUUUCCAAACUAUUCAUAUAACUGAUAAAUUAGUACUAUGUGAUUGUCCAGGACUAGUAUUUCCAAACUUUAGUACAACUAAGGCAGAUCUUGUUUGUAACGGCAUAUUACCAAUUGAUCAGCUUCAAGAUUACAUGAGUCCACUUUCUUUGAUUGUAGAACGUAUUCCAAAGUACGUUUUAGAAUCGAUAUACGGAAUUGUUAUAAAAACAGAGUCUUUUGAGGAAAACGAAACUAAAAUUUUUAUGCCUGAACAGUUCUUAAUAGAAUAUACAAUUAGUCGCGGAAUAGAUAAAUCUAAGGCUUCUAGAUAUAUUAUAAAGGAUUAUGUUAAUGGAAAAAUACUGUUCUGCAAUCCGCCUCCAGGAAUCGAUCCAGUCGUUUUUAAUUCUGAAUAUUUUAACUCAUUUAAAUCAUCUAUAAAAAGAUAUCCACAAACAAACGAUUCUAUUGAAGAGAAUGUAUCUGAAAGAACGAUGCUAAAUAAUAAAGAAAAGAUUUAUCGUAAAACUCAAGAAUUAAAAAAUAAUAAAUUACUAGCAUUUGAUAAAAAUUUUUUUUGCCAAAAUGAAUCAUCUUUGGAAUUAAAUCAAAAAAGUAAAGAAUUUUAUUAUAAAAAAUAUGUUGGACCUAUUAUGACACAUUCUUUUGAGCAUAAUUUACAAAAUAAUGUUUUAAAUAAAUCUAAAAAGCAUUUUAAUGUGAAUAAACGAAAAAAUCAUCGUGUAAAAAUAGUAGAGUGA